AUGAGGCCGCGGGUCUUUCGACCGUCUUCCGAGGAGGCAGCUCCGACAUCUGCCUCCUCGCCCGGCUCUUCUGCUCCUGCCUCCUCCGUCUCUCGCUCUGCUUCGUCCUCUUUCGCUGCUACUCCAGUUCUCGGGCGAACUGCUUCGCGCAUUGUGACUUACCAUGACAUUCUUCAAUCGCAGUCCUUCGGGAGCUUCGAAAGCCGGCGCGGAGCCUCGCCGCCCCACAGGGGUCGUUGCGUGCCUGCUGUCGUUGGGCCUCCGAACUCAGGUGUACGACCACCUGGACAGGUUGGGCGAGGAGUUUUGCCCAACCGGGGCCUUCUGCGUUCUGGUGAGUCUGCUGGAAACCCAGAAGCCCAAGGGAAAGCCUUCCUCAUGUCGCUCCCUUCUUCGGGUUCGCGGCCUCCCAGAAAGGAAGAGGAAGCGACAGGGCGUUUUGACGACUUGCAGCCGCCACCGCGGGACCGCCUCGAAGGAAAACGCGUGAAACCUGCAGAGGCAGAAGACCCGCUGCCCGUCAACGGCGAGACAGCAGCCGAGUCGCGUCCGGCGGCUCGGCCACGGCACCAGUUUGUGUACACCUCGUCUUGGGAGCACGUGCAAAGGGCGGCGAAGGAAGCAGGUGUCCUGACAUCUCGCAGUUCUCUCUCCGCCCUCUUCCCGCUGGAAAUCCCCGGAAGGUGCAUUACCGUUUUCCCCGCGGCCUCGUCGGCGGUCUCGGCCUUCGAUCCUGAGGCGCUCGACAGACCGACCGUGGUGGUGACACUGAAGAAACGGAAACACAAGUCCGACAAGAGUGAGGACGAACGCGACGUUCCCGACGAGCGCGAGGAAAUUCGCCUCGCCGUCCCGAGCGCUACCUCCCUGUUCGCCGAAGGCGCCCGGCCUUCGACAGUUUCUGAGGGAACGCGAGCGGGGCCAGGCUGUCCGUCUCAGAGCGGGGACAGCGCGCCGCGGGGUGAGGAGGUUCCCUGCGAGCAUGCCUGCGUUCUUCAGAUUUCCCGCGUGUCUGCUGCGCCCUCGACUCCGCCGUCGCCGCAUGCAGGAAACGUCGCGGGCGAGCUUUGUGAAACGCCCCGAGGUCGUUUGGAACCCGCCGGCGAAGAAGGCUGUACAUGCUUGAGUCCAGAACUCGUCUGGGGACUCCCCGAUGUGCCUGGACUGUGCGUGGUCGAGCUACGCGCUGCAGACUGCGGCCUCCGCCGCUUCGCGCCCGACUUUUACGCGCAGCCCGGGCGGGAUGGCUCUUCUGAAAGGGAGGAAUCAACGCAGGAAGCGGCGGACGAAAGCGCAGCAAGGUGCGAGGGAAAGAGAACCCGGCUUCCAGAGGGGGAGGGCGACGUGCCGAUGCGGCUGGCGUCGGAUGUCGCGCUGCCGAAACCAGUUGGAAGAGGCGACGGCUUCUUCGCGUUUCUUCCCUUCCUUCAAGUCCUGGAUCUCAGAUCGAACAACCUCGCCGUCCUCCCGGGGUCCGUGGCUUCUCUGCGGUGCCUUCGGACGCUCCUCCUGGACGGGAACGCCCUCGUGUCGGUGCCGCCGGUUCUCCUCGCUCUCCCGGCUCUCGCGAAGCUCUCGCUGACCUCGAACUUCUUGACUGGAUUCCCCACUGCGCCCUCUUUGGAAGAGGGAGUUCAGGAGGGAGAUCCAAGCGUUGCCGUGGCAGCGACAACGAGGAAAGGAACGGAGAGGCGAGGCAGUGCGGCAGGCCGAGAGGGGGUGAGGGAAGAACUCGACGGGGAAGAAAAGGGCGAAGCAGAAGGUGGUGCAGACACUCGAAUCUCGCCCCUCCGGAAACUUCGCCUGGACUCGAAUUUCGUCGACGAUUUGUCCUUCCUUCUCUGCGAGGCCCCAUCGCUGCCUCCGUCGGCGUCUGCCUCACGCGCGGCUUCUUCAGAGGCUUCGGAGUCUGCAUUGUUUUUCCGCAACUUGUCGCAGCUGCACGUACACUGCAACGUCUUUACGCUCCUCCCGCUCGGCCUCCACCGACUGUCGCAUCUGCGUGAGCUCUCUCUCGACUGGCUUCGGUACACCUCGCCGCCGUUUCCCCGCGUCGUUCGCGGCACGUUGAUGCGUCAGUUCUUCGGCCGCAUGCGGUCCCUCGAGGGCUGGCUGCAUGCGCAGGCCGCGCACCUGCUUGCGCAGGUCGAGGCAGAGAUCAAGGCAGAGCGGGAAGGAGCCUCGACGCCGCCGGAAGGUCGAGCCGGAGCUUCCGAGGAGGACGAGCGAGAGAGAAGUCCGGGACCUGAGACGACCUUUCGACGGUCGGGCGGAGAAUCCUGCACAGGGCCGGGAGAGACUGGCAGCCGUGCUCUUCGUUUUCAUUUUCCCGAAGGCAACUCGGGUGAGAUCCGCGGCGCACGAGGCGACAAGGAUCACCUGCUUCUCUGCGGCGCUCAUCCGUGCCGUCGGUUUGCUGCGCUGAUGAGGCGCGUGACUCUCGGCGGCGCGGAGAGAGGCAUCUGCGAGAACCCGGCUGGGAAGGCCGGUGUCGAAGCAACGGGACGAGAAAGGCGGUCCGACGAGGGAACUGAGGGAAGCUUUCAGUCACCUUUCCACUCGAGAGACCAGCCGGAAGCAGCGCCUCUCGCCCCCUGGGCGGCCUCGGAGUUGCUGGCAUCUCACGCCGACGGGAACCUCUCUCCAGCUGUGCCUGAAGAUUCGCCGUGCGGCGCUGCUCUCUCCGCCUUCUCUUUCGCCUGCCCUUGCUGCAUUUCCUUCCUCGAAUUUGUUCACUUCUUCUCGACCGACGUCGACGCGUGGCUCUGUCCCGCAUCGUCGCCGUCUCCGCAACUCCUUGCUGCCGCUCGCCACCUUGCCUCGACCUUUUCUCGCUGUCCCGUCUCUCCCGCUUCGUCUUGUUCUGCGUCGUCGCGAGCUCCGCCUCGUCACCCCACUUGGAUACGCCCCUCUGGAGGUUCGUCCGAUCUUCCGCCGGCCGUGGCGGGGCUCUUGUUCUCGCUCUGCGUGGUCGAGGUGCGGCUGGCUGUCUCGCGCGCCUUCGCCGCCGACGUGGUCUUUGCUCGGGACGCAAAGCAGCGCACGCGCCUGCACGUCGCCGCGCUCGAAGGCCACGAGGGCGUCGCGAGAGCGCUCCUGCAGGGGUCCGCGGAUUUCAACGCACUGGACGUCGACGCGGCCUCCCCGCUCUUCCUGGCGGUCAAGGAAGGCCAGUUCAACGUCGUCGCGCUCCUUGCCGAGGAGGCUGCGAGGCGACUGCGUCAAGCGAAAGGCGUUACAGGUGGCCUUCGGGCGUCACGGGUCGCGCCGACAGCAGGCGAGUCAGGCGGAGACACCGCUUCACCGGGUGUGGAGUCAACGGUUCUCCUUCUUCCGUACACGGUGCCUGCCGGGCAUGUUCCAGAUUCAGACGCCUCGUCCUGCUCGGGUGUUCUCUUGUCGCCUGCUGCCUCGGGGCAGUCUUGCCCCAGCGCUCCGAAGUCGCCGUCUCCAGCCUCCGAGGAGCAAGCGCUGUCGCCGUUUCAACGAAGCCUGCUGGCCUCGUACCGGGUCUUGAACUCCGGCGCAGGCAUCUACGGGACGCCGCUGCAUGUGGCCACGGUGAUGUUUGAGUUUCCGUUGUGUGCGCUUCUCCUGCAUGCGGGGGCGGACCCGACCGCUGUGGACGCAGAUGGGAACACGGCGCUCCACGUGCUCUUCUCGAUCUUCGACAAAGGCAGCCCAGACCUCGCCGCGAUCGUCCUCGAUCCGACGCGGCGUCUCGCGCGGAGACGAAAACCCGCCGGACUCGGUUUGACGCCUGAGAUGACUCCGCGGGCAGACGAUCCCUCGCACUCUGCUUCGUCUCGGGGGAUCCGCGGCCAGGAGGCGCAACGGGCGGACGCGGCAGAGCAGAGAAGAAAGGACGGCGAGCGCGGCGAAGCGUCGGGGCGCGAGACAGGCCGGGCGCUCUCGGGAGGACAGGAGGCAUGCGUCUUGAGAGACUCCCGCAGUCCGAGCGAUGGUGCGUCCUCGCCCUCGAGCCGAGAGAGCGAAUACGCACGCGUCAGGGCGCACUUUCUGGCUCUUCUGGGGAAUCCCCUCCCACCGUCUGUAGAAGUCGGGCUUCUGCUUCUUCGUCAUCCCCGCGCACACGCCCCGGACGCACGCGUGCUGCCGCUAGAAUCUCCAUGUGUUGAGAAACCGGCUGAGCCCACGGAGAAAGCGCGACGAGGCAGUGCAGGCUGGGAAACCCGAAACCGCAGAAGCGACGACCCCGCCUUCACUUCUUCGUCUUCCACCUCUCCUUCUUCCUUUUCCUCCUCUUCUUUUUCCUCUCCCUGUUCGUCGCUUCUGUCUUCUGAGGUCCGUUUGUGUAUCCGCGCCAACCAGCUGAACAACGACAUGUGGGGCGCGAUUCAUUUGGCGGCUCGUCGAGGCCAGACGUUCGCGUUCUGGUUCCUGGCGGAGCUCGCCGAGGUGACCGAUCCGCGGUGCAUGCGCGGGACCUGUGCGCAUGCAGAGCGCGUGGAUUUCCUCGCUCCCCUGGCGUCUCUCCUCGCGGCGGCGCGCCUGUUCACGCGGGCUGCCGAGGCGGGCGAGUCUCCGCGCAACGUGCCCGCGAGCGGCUCUGGCGAGCGACACACAGACAAGCAGGCUGGCGAGCGCGCCGAGCGAGACAGAGACGCCCCGCGCUGGAGAGUCGGCGUGCCUUGCGGAGACAUGUGGGUGGAAGGGAAACGCGGGCAAGCACGGGAAACCAGUGCAGAAAGAAUGACGCGCGCGGCGCAGGCGGGGGGCGCCGAAGGAGGCGGUCACGGGCGCAGCGAGCUGAUUUCUGAGAAGGACGCGCAGGCGGAACCGGAGGGAGCAAAAGGCGAGACCCAGGCGAAAAAUGGCGAUAAAGUGCCAACCUCUCCUCUCUCCCCGGCGACGCCUCCAGAGGCGAAUCCCCCCUCUCUGUCCUCGUCUGUACCCCCGCCGAAUCCGUUUCUCCUGGCCGCAGCUCAGACGCCGGCUCUCCGUGCUGUCAUGCGAGAGAGAGAGGCAGGGCGACGCCAAGAAGAGAGACAGGAGGAUCGCCCAGAAGAGAGACAAGAGAAUCGACAAGAAGGGAGACAAGAAGAGAAGGAAGCGGAUGGGAGGCGGCAGGUGUCUGUAUCCUUGUCUCGCGGGCCGCCUUCCCCGCGUUCGUUUUCUGCUGGAGUAAGGGAGGAAGAGCGUCUUCGCUUUCUCUGGGACCAGCUGCAAAGCUCCUCGGCGGGGGUGGUCUUCGCGCAGGCUGUCACGGCAGCCGCCGUGGCCUUAACGCGAAGAAGCGGAGGCUUGAGUUGGGACUCGAGUCGACAGCCAACGUGCCGCUCUGAAGACAGAGGAGAGCGCGCGGAUGCUCUGGUGCCGGGAAUUCUAGCGGAAGUAGGAGGCGUAGACAUUCUGCAGUACACGACGCAAACCUACGUGUGUCCGUUUGCCUUCGACUUCAACCUCAGAGGCGGCACGCACCUCUGGACGGCUCUUCAUCUAGCUGCGCAUGCAGGAAACGUGCAGGUGGUUCAGCAGCUGCUCGAAGGCGGGGCGUGCGUCUCCGUUUUGAACCGGCAGGGGCGAUCUGCCCAGGCCGUCGCGAGGGGCCAGCAUCAACAAGCGAUCGAGAGAACAAUUCAUCAGCAAGACGUCCUGGAUCUGUGGAAAGUGACGCACAGGACAGCUCGAUCAUGUUUUGCCAAGCGUUUCAGCCGGAACCAACACCCGUCGCACCCUCCCGCGUCCUCCCCGAAUCUUUCCUUCUCGUCUCUGCAGCGCGAUGAACAGCCUGAGCGCUGUCUCUCUGCUUCGUUCCCCUCUUCGCAUGCUCUCACCUCGCGCUCUUCGCGCCCUGAGAUCCUCAGACGGUCAGCGGACUCGUCAGCGAGUGCGGAUUUCCUCUCGGACGUGUCUCGCGCCAAACCCGACUGCUCUCCUCCCUCAGCCUCUCCCGCUCCUUCCGCUCUCGCAGUUCCCCUCACUGCCUCUGUGUCGUCUGAGACACGACCUGUUUCCCUUGGCGCCCCUGGCGGCGGCGCGCCUGCGACGCCGGUUGUCCUGCAGGAGAGAGACGCCGCGAAGACGGAGGAGGCGCACUACUUUCUCGUGCGGACUUCUGAGAACGACGAACCACCUGAGAGGAUCGAGUUGAUGGACGAGGAGGAGUUUUUCGGCGAAACUCUCAGCGCGCACACCAGCGCCGCGCCCUCCGGACCGACCGCGGCCGCGCGUCGCGAACGAGCUGAGACUGAAGGCGCAAAUCGACAGAGGCAGGCAGGAGAGGGCGAGGAAAAAGGCAAGACGGGAUUUGACGAGAAGGAGCUCUCAGCCUCCUUGUCGACGUGGAACGACGGCGUGAUAUCUCCUCAACUGGUUUCCAGCAUCAUCGACGAAGUGAGUCUGUCGCUGCGUGCAGAGGAAGCGAUUGAGGAGGGAGUUGGACGGGCGCCUCGACGAGGACACAAGACAGAAGAAGCGGGCGAUGAUUCAGAUCUCGCGGUCGAGAAGGAGCAGACAGACGAGGAACGGGGGGAGAAAAGAGGAGUCGAGCACGCGGGUACAUCCGGCGAAAAGGAACGAGACGCACAACCGGGGAACGUGCCAGAGCCGAGCGUACACCCAGCGAUGACGGGUGGGAGUCCGUACACACGAGGCCGAGGCGGAGACUGUCGACUCAAGAGCGAGGACGUAUCUGACCCCUGUGAGAGGCUCCGCGCGCCUCUCUUUGCCUCAGAGCGCCGCAUCCUCGCUGCGUACAGCGGCGGCUCCCUGUUCACUGCAACUGAGGCGGCGUUUGCAGCAGCCCGUGUCCUCUCGCCUCGCGUCGCUACCUCGCCUUCAACACCUCCCGCGUCGUCGUCGUGUUUCGAGGAAACCCGCACGGGGGCCCCCCCUCCUGCUUCUCCGUCUCCUCCUCGUCCACUUUCCUCUCCUAACGGUCCUCGCCCGUCUUCUUCUCUGCCUUGCGGGUUCCUCGAGACUGCCUCUCGGCCACUCGCGCAGGUUGCACUCGACGCGUUACAGGGCGCAGCCGUUGAGGGUCCGCCCUUUCGUCUCGUGUCUCUACUAUCUCAGAGAUUGCUUUCCUCGAAGCUCGCUGCGUUUCAGCCCCUCUUUGGGCGCUCCAGAGAGGCGCACGCCUGGCUUGGCGGCGAGCGCGCGACGACGGGAGCGGGCGAAAGCCCACUCCGCAGGGUGCGCUGUACAGACACGCCAGCCGGCACUUCGAAAGAAGGAGAGCCGGCGGCCAGAAGGGCGAGCCGGGAGACGAGCGGGGAAGGACGCGCGGCGAAAGGCGGGCGGGCGGUCGCACGCCUUUCUCGCGACGCCUCGCCGUGUCCUACAUCUUCCCCCUCACGGGAAGCUGAGGAUAUUUGGGCCGGAGCUGUGGUUUUUCCACCAACAGGAGAGACCGGAGACGCGUGGCAGGAGCUUCCUCAGCGGCAGACAGGAGAGACGCGAAGAGGACGAGAACGCGAGCGGAGAUCCGCGAGCAGUUCGCGCCGAGAGCCGUCUCCUGAGGGCCGGACGUCGUUCCCGCACGUCCGCGCGCCUUCUCGGUGCGCAGGUGAUUGCCUUCCUUCCUCGCAAAGUGUCAUGGCGGCGCCUGGCGAGGCGCGAGGUCGCAGUCGGCGUUCCUCUGAGACGCGUUCGUCGGCGUCUCUGGGUACGCUUUCCCCUCCCUUUUCGUUUGCCUCGACGUCGUCCUGCGAAUCGCCUUGCUUUCUCUCGUGCGCCUCGCGAGACAGCAGCCCCGGCGCGAGAAGGAGCGACGGAGACGAGAGCCCAGCACACGCUCUCUCUUCUGCUGCGUUCUGCCCCGCAUGCACAGCCUCCGCGUACGGCAGCGACGACUGCCUCUCGCCGCUCGAAGCCCACCGGGGGCGCAUGCAACGCCGGGACCGGAAAACCAUCAACUGGGAAGAGAGCGUCUGCGCCUUCUGCCACGGCUGUGCGCUCGAGACUCUCAGGCGAGAUGCGACAGCCUAUACCUGGAGAGAGAUAUCCGCGAGUUCGAGUUUCAGCGAGGAAGACACACUCUUCUCUCAGGCGCUCAGCUCCGCAAGACGGCGCGGCAGCGACGGGAACCAGAGAGUCCUGGAACAUGCCGGAGUGCACGAGACGGAAGGGGAGAAUGCGGGCGUCGGAAUCCUGCCACACGGCGAUGGACAGCAAGCUGUCUCGCAGCGCCAGGACGGCGACUUCACUUCGUCGCCUCUCUCUGUCCCUGCUGGGAGAGACGACAGUCGGGGCAGAGCGAGACACGGCACAGACGCCACCGGGAGCGAAGAGCUGCGGAGAGCAGAGGGACCGGGCGAGACUCGAGACACGCCUCAAACCGUUAAAUCCAGAGACGCGUCCAGGGGCUCCAGUCGCCGCGCGGACUCGCAAAGGUUCUUCUCACACCAUCGACACAAAGAACGCGCGGGGUCAGUUGCCGCCUCAGCAGACCUUUUCGCUUCGUCAGCGCGAGAUCCGCUCAGCCGACGCGCCGCAGAGCCACGGGAGGGGGGGCGAGACUGCCGCAACCGCGACUUGGAGAGAGAGAAGCCAAGAGCUGUUCGCGAGAAACGACAUAAACGGGCACAUAGGCGGCGAAAUGAGGCUGACCGGGAGACAUGGAGCCUCCUCCAGUUCGCCGUCGCCCACGGAAACGAAGAUCUGUCCAUGCUCAUUUUCGACACUCUUCAGCCAAGGGAGAAAAGAAGAGCGCUGUUGAUGCGAACGCCGGUUUCCCAUGAUUCGCUUCUACUUCUUCUUGCUAAGGGAAUCUCGCCCGCGGACUGUCUCCGCGGUCUGGCGUCUCCUUCGCCUUCGCUGUCUCGUCAAAAUCUUUUCCACUUUCUCAUGUCCCUGGAUUUGGGGGACUCGAGCAGCGUCUCUUCGGUCCGGUCGGGUUCUGCCCCGCCGGCGGGGACGCGCUCUGACCCCGAUCCGCGCCGUCUCCUCCUCCGCCAGAGAAACGAAGACGGCGCCUUUCCUCUCCUCGCUGCGUGCAUGCAAGGGGACGUCCGUCUUCUUAGCGACAUGCUCUUGUACUGCUCCGCGGCUGUCUGCGGCUGUGAACGUCGGCGCAGAGAGAUCGCACAAACGCCUCUCUUUGAAGGCGCCGAAGACAGCGUGGAUCGGGAGACCGCGCACGAAUCAGAAUUCCUCACGGUUCGCGCACUCCUUCAGUGCGUCAUUGCAGCUGUCCAUGGCAACCAAUAUGCGGCUCUCCUUCGCCUGCUGUAUCAGCCUCUCCUUUCGUGCCCCGCGUGCUCUCUUGGCACCCAGGGAUUUCUGUGCCUCCCCUUCUUCUCUUCCUCGACUUCUGUCUCCUCGAGUUUUCCCCCCUCGUCUUUCUCCGUUGCGUUUCCCUCGUGUGCGUCGCCUUGUUCUCUGUUUUCCCCUGUCGCAGGGGCGACCUCGCGCGAAGGGCCGGUGCCUCGCUUUCCUCGUCGCAGCUCAGAUGCAGGCGUGCGUACCCGGGGAGACGCAAAAGAGACCGAAAAGUCCGAUAAGGAACAGCUCUCGGCUUUGGAAAACCAGAUUCUGCUCCUCACACGCCUGCAAGCUGUCGUGACAGCGAUCAGGAAAGGCGAUUACCGCUCGCUCUCGCUCCUCCUUACCUCAGGCUUCUUUCCGCCGCCGGCGGUUCUCGCGGCCGGACUCGUUCUCUCGCGACUCACCGCGGAGGCAAAGGACAACUGUGAAAGGCCGGAAGUGCGAAGGGAGAGAAGACGCGCCGCAAACAAACAAGAGAGAAGACAAGAAGAGACUGGGGAACGAAACGAGCCUGCGCAGGAGCGCCAAAAAUCGACGUCGGAGCCGUCAGACUGUGAAACGGACGGAAAGGCGAACCGGGAGACCCACAGGCGCGGACCCGAUGGGGCUGUGUUGGCUCGCGACAAGGCGCUGGGUGAAAAACCAAGAGAGGAAGGAAGAUCCGCCUGCCACGCUGGGGGCGCAGAGGCCGUCCGGCAUUCUUUCGACUCGCUCCAUAGGCGUUUGUGGCAUCUCGCCACGCGUCUCCUGGGAGCAGAAAACCUAACAGGCGUGCGGGACGUGCGAGAACUCGAGGCGAGCGGACAUGUCUCGAGUGUACGUACAGCGUCUCAUGGGAGGCCGACAAGUGCAGGGAAGAACGGAGAGGGAGAAGGCCGAGAGAAGGAGUCGAGUCCGCGUGAGAGUUCGCGGGACGGGCCGAAACGCUUUCAAUAUCUGAAAAGAGAAGCUCUGGCGAUGCUGGCCGUCGUCAGCACGAGAGCCGCGCGACGCAGCAGCAGAUCCGGCGACGUCCUUCUUCUUCCUCUUUUAGGCGCGCAUUUCCUGGCUGCCGUCUCUUCCGUGACUCUCUGUCCCGUGGAGCCGUUCUCCUCCGCGUCCCCGGCGUCUUCUCCCGCUUCGGCCUUCACCCUCGAGGUGGAGUCUCCGUGCUGGAGACAGUCCGCCGGGCGAGGAGAACCGUGCAACGAGGCAGUGUCGCGUGUCGGAGAGGCGACCCCCUCUCCCGCGGAGACUGCGAGGAAAGACCUGACCUCUGGCGCGACUCCACCCCGAGAAGAACUGCAUGCGGACCUCUCUCCGCUUGAAACUUUGUCUUCCUCUCUCCGGCCUUUGGCCGACACCGCUUCGCAAAUCGAGGAAGGAACAGAGGCGCGCGUGACCUCGUCGCCUGUCUCGCCUUCUGUCUCUUUGUCCCUUUCUUGCGAGUUGCGCGACAUUGGCGGGGAUUCUGGGCGGUCUGAAGAGCUCGGGUGUUUCGAAGAAACUUCCUCGCUUUCUUCUCCGAUCUUGUGCACUGGAGGCGCUUCUCCGCCCUUUCCCCUGGCUGCUGCAGCAGUCCUCGGACCGACAACCGUCGCUUCCUGCUUCUUCACGUGCUGGGAUUGUGGGGCGGAGGUCUCCGACGAAGAGGCGAAGGCCACUCUCUCCUCCCUCAUCUUGUCUGGUCUCUCCUUCCUCUCUUCCUCGCCCUCCUCGCGCGUCUCCGCCUACCGGGUUCCGAAUCUGCUGCCCGCGGCGCCUCUCUUGCGCUCGGGCUCCGCGGACUGUCCCUCGUCCCCCGCUGCCUCUUCUGUCGCCGUAGCCGCUCUCGCGCUGGCACUCCACACCUCGGGGCGACUUGCUGCCUCGGAGUCGCUCUGCCUCCUCGAGAACAGCAGCGGAGAUCGUCUCCUUAUUUCGUUCGCUUCAGAGCCCUCAGAGGAUCCAUCCGCUCAGCGGUCCCGCGCACCUUCUCUGAUUCUGCACAAAGGUGGAAAACCCAGUGUCUCGGCUGUCGGCGCCUCCGGGGUUUUCCGCCCUCACCAAAGAGCCGCCUCGCAGCCUCCAACCAAAUCCGCUUCGCGACAGAGCGGUGGCCGAGACGCCAAGCUGCCUUUCCACUCUCCCGCGAAUGUAGAGGAACUUAACUGCCUCCUUGGUGCAGAGGGACUUGCUUGCCAGUGUUGCGGCUUCUUCUACUGCCCUGCAUGCAUCGUCACCCUCAAGCGUCCGCUCCCGCUCCCUCUCCUCAACGUUCUCGCGGCACGCCGGAGGCAGCCUCUCCUUCUUCACGCGUCUCACUCCUCUCCACCCUACGAGCUGCGAGACUGGUUGCAUCCGAAGCAGCUUCUGGAAUUCAAGGAAGACGCUGGAAGCCAAAUUCCUACGAAACCUGAAAUGUGUCACGGGGAUCUCGCCGAUGACGUCGCUGAGCCAACGCCGCUAGAGAGCAGCGGAGACAGCGCCGCCGACUCUCUUGCGACGAUGUUGGAAGAGUCGCGUUCUCCUUCCUUUCCGGAAGAGCUUUCACCGGGCACGUCGGUGGACGUAGGCGAAGCUGAGACGAGAGCGCACGCGCGACGCGAGACUGGAGAAGACGACGAACCAAGAACCGUUCCCGGCCAGUCUCCCGCCGCGUGGCGUCUGCAAGGAGACGAACGCGCGCAAGGGUCUCCAGCCGAAGAGAGGGGAGAGACAGAAGCCGAUCGGAGCUACGAGCCAGCAGACGGUAGUGGGGGAUCUGCGGUUCAGGAUGAAAUGGUGACGGCGAACGACGAGCGGUCGUGCGAGUUGACUCCAGGGUCGAGCCCCGGAAUCGAAUUGCCUGGGAAAACGGACGAACGUGUGGACAGGGGUGAGGCCAAAGACGAGAGAAGGACGGAUCCGUCGCCCUCUGUUUUUCGCUCCGACGCUGCUGUGUCUCUGCCGUCGCCAGUCGGAGACGGGGGAGGCGCUGCCCCCGGGCUGGGCGAGGCGACCCCACUGUCGUCUUCGUCCUUGUCUUGCUCGUCGCCGAGCCAACCAUGGGAGCGGAGCGAAGAAGGCGAGAGAGGCGGUUUCUCGCAUCCGUGGCUUCGCUCAGCGGGCCUCUUUGGUCAUCUCAAAUCCUCGCGGAAAGACAAACUUCCUCGGAAGAGCAACACCAGCGCCGCCUCUCCCGGCUCCUCUCGACCCACCUUCGCACAAGGGCGCGACGGUUCACCCGAUGCAGGUGGAGGUCCAGCGGACGCCCCUGCCGGUGUAUGCACAGCGCGUCGAGGGAAGGAGACGGGCCACAAAUCCUUCGCGAGUCUCCGCAGCCUCUUUCCAGGUUUCCGACGGAUCCGAACCAACCCCGGUGCGGGGCUCCACAGCUCGCCUCGGCCAGGAGAGGAGAGCGACGCCGCAGAGAAGGCGAAGCGGCCACAGCCACGCUGCCUCCCUGUGCAGGCCGUGAGAGCCGCUGAGCAUGCGUCAGUCCUUCGCGGCGACAGCAACCCGUCAGAGACGACGCGUCGCUCCGAAGACCUCUUGUCGCCCUCACGAGAACUCCUCGAAGAGACGACGCCCCACGAGUUGCUGCUCACGGCGACCUCCGGCGACAGUCCAGAGACGCCUCUUUCUUCGAUUGCGCCGGGUCAAUCCGACCGCUCGCGCUUGCCGUUUCCAGGUGGCGAGGACGCCGAACAGCGAGGAGACAACGCUCGUCUCCCUUGCGAGGCCAGUCUCUCGGAGAAGCCUGGCGGCCGACACCGGAUCUCGCGUCUCCAGAGCCUCGAGCUGCAACGCGCACGCAUGCAUGCAACUUGGAUUCAACAAAAGCACGUGCUCGCGUACCUUCCCCUGUUUCGGCUGCAGCGGCGGCUCGACGUUCUUCGGCGCCUCGCGGCCAGCCACCAAGCCGAGAUCGACAGAGGCCGAACAUCUCCCGGUCGGCGGGCUCAAAACGCAAAACCCCCGAAUAUAGGCCGAAGAAGAGGCCGAAGAAGUCACACGCCUGGCCCGCCAGCGCAGGCCGCCGCCCAAACCCCACACGUUGGUGGCGUGCGUCUCUGCCGACACUGCGCCGCCUUCUACUCGAUUCUCUGA